CGCAGGAGGUACUCGGCCCAGCAGCCCGCGGCGCCGUGCUCCGCACGCUCAGGGCACGUCUUCUCAGGUGCCAUGACGCAGCGGCCCCAGGAGGACUUUGACAGAAGUGUGGAGGAUGCCCAGGCGUGGAUGAAGGUGGUGCAGGAGCAGCUACAGCUCAAUGACAACACACAGGGGCCCCGAGCGGCCCUGGAAGCACGGCUGCGUGAGACGGAGAAAAUCUGCCAGCUGGAGCCCGAGGGAUGCAUGAAGGUGGAACUGGUCCUGCGGGCAGCUGAGGCCCUCCUGGCUACCUGCCAGGAGGGCCAGAAGCCCGAGAUCCUGGCCCAGCUGAAGGAUAUCAAGUCCCAGUGGGAGGAGACGGUCACCUACAUGACUCACUGCCACAGUCGCAUCGAGUGGGUGUGGCUGCACUGGAGUGAGUAUCUGCUGGCCCAGGAUGAGUUCUACCGCUGGUUCCAGAAGAUGGUGGUCGCUCUGGAGCCCCCUGUAGAGCUGCAGCUGGGCCUGAAAGAGAAGCAGUGGCAGCUGAGCCACGCCCAGGUGUUGCUGCACAAUGUGGACAAUCAGGCCGUGCUGCUGGACAGGCUGCUGGAGGAGGCGGGCUCCUUGUUCAACAGGAUCGGGGACCCCAGCGUGGAUGAAGAUGCCCAGAAGAAGAUGAAGGCUGAGUACGACGCUGUGAAGGCCAGAGCCCAGCACAGGGUGGACCUCCUGACCCAGGUGGCCCAGGAGCAUGAGCAGUACCGGGAGGAUGCGAACGAGUUCCAGCUGUGGUUGAAGGCGGUGGUGGAGAAAGUGCACAGCUGCCUGGGGCGAAACUGCCAGCUGACUACGGAGCUUCGUCUCUCUGCGCUGCAGGAUAUCGCCAAGGAUUUCCCUAAGGGUGAGGAGUCUCUGGACAGGUUGGAGGAGCAGGCCGAGGGUGUCAUUCGGAACACCUCUCCUUUGGGUGCAGAGAAGAUCUCGGGGGAGCUGGAGGAGAUGCGAGAAGUCCUGGAGAAGCUGAGAGUCCUCUGGAAGGAGGAGGAAGGGAGACUGCAAGGCCUGCUCCAGUCCAAGGGGGCCUGUGGGCAGCAGAUCCUGCAGCUGGAGGCAGACCUGGGAGAGUUCAAGAAAAGUCUUCAGAGGUUGGCCCAUGAGGGCUUGGAGCCCACGGUGAGGACAGCCACAGAGGAUGAGUUGGUGGCCCACUGGAGGCUGUUCUCGGGGACCCGGGCUUCACUGGCUUCAGAGAAGCCCCGUGUAGACCGACUACAAACUCAACUGAAGGAGCUUGUCGCCUUCCCUGACCUACAGUCGCUCUCUGACAGUGUGGUGGCUGCCAUUCAGGAAUAUCAAAGUAUGAAGGGAAAGAACGCCAGGCUCCACCACGCGACCAGGGCAGAGCUGUGGCAGCGGUUCCAGCGGCCCCUCGGUGACCUGCAGCUGUGGCAGGCCCUGGCCCAGAGGCUCCUGGACAUCACCACCAGCCUGCCGGACCUGCCCUCCAUCCACACCUUUUUACCCCAGAUUGAGGCAGCCCUAGCAGAAAGCUCCCGCCUGAAAGAGCAGCUGGCGAUGCUGCAGCUGAAGACGGACUUGCUCGGUAGCAUCUUUGGCCAGGAGAGAGCAGCCGCUCUCCUGGAGCAGGUGGCGAGUUCUGUGAGGGACCGAGACUUACUGCAUAACAGCCUUCUGCAGAGGAAGAGCAAACUGCAGAGCCUGCUCGUCCAGCACAAGGACUUCGGGGUGGCUUUUGACCCCCUACACAGGAAGCUUCUAGACCUCCAAGCCAGGAUCCAAGCAGAGAAAGGGCUUCAGCGGGACCUUCCUGGAAAGCAGGUCCAGCUGCUAAGGUUGCAGGGGCUGCAGGAAGAAGGCCUUGAUCUGGGGACACAGAUAGAGGCUGUGCGGCCUCUUGCCCAGGGGAACUCUAACCACCAGCACAAAGUGGACCAGAUUUCCUCUGACCAGCAAGCCCUGAAGAGGUCCUUGGAGGACCUCGUGGACAGCUGUCAGCAGAGCGUCCGGGAGCACUGCACCUUCAGCCACCGGCUGUCGGAGCUGCAACAGUGGAUCACCAUGGUCACACAGACACUGGAGUCACACCAGGGGGACGUGCGUCCAUGGGAUGCUGAGUCCCAAGAGGCUGGACUUGAGAGGCUACUGGCUGAAAUUCCAGAGAAAGAGGUCCAGCUGUCCCUGCUCCAAGCACUGGGCCAGCUUGUGAUGAAGAAGUCCUCCCCAGAGGGGGUGGCCAUGGUCCAGGAGGAUCUGAGGAAGCUGAUGGAGUCCUGGCAGGCCCUGCGGCUAUUGGAGGAGAAUCUGCUGAGUCUCAUCAGAAACCAGCAGCUGCAGACAACAGAGGUGGACACGGGAAAGAAACCUAUCUUCACCAACAAUAUUCCAAAGGCUGGCUUUCUCAUCAACCCCCAAGACCCCAUUCCCAGGCAGCGGCGUCGGGCAAACCUACCGGAAGAACAUGACCUCUAUGAAGAUUAUUCCCAGCUCCUGAGGGACUUUGAACAGUGGCUGCAGGUUGAAAACUCCAAGCUAGCUGCAAUCGUCACAAUGAGAACAGCCACAGCCAAGGACUUGAGGACCAGAGAGAUGAAGCUGCAGGAGCUAGAGGCACGAAUCCCAGAAGGCCAGCAUCUAUUUGAGAACCUGCUCCAUUGCAGGCCAGCAAGGGACCCCUCCAAUGAGCUGGAAGAUCUGCGCUAUCGAUGGAUGCUGUACAAAUCCAAGCUCAAGGACUCUGGCCACCUGCUGACGCAGAGUUCUCCAGAGGAGCUGAUUGCAUUCCAAAAGAGUCGACAGCAGAGGCGGUGGCGGAAUCCCUGCUCUCUCCUACAGAAAGCCUGCCGGGUGGCGCUGCCACUCCAGCUCCUGCUCCUGCUCCUUCUGUUGCUGCUCUUCCUGCUGCCGGCCGGGGAGGAAGAGCGCAGCUGCGCCCUGGCCAACAACUUCGCCCGCUCCUUCGCUCUUAUGCUUCGGUACAAUGGCCCCCCGCCCACCUAGUCCUCUGGGGCCUACAGGUGACGUUCUGCAGUCCCUCUGAGGCUGGCUUUGGGGGGAAGCUGGACAGACCAGACACCCAGAACAGUCGCGGUCUAAAUGCUGCAUCCGUUCCCAGAACAAACUUGCUUUUUUCUACGAUGUCAUUUCUGUCUAUUUAUACUGAACGUGUACUAUGUGUGGUUAGAAAAUGAUGUACAGAAUUUUUAUAUGUGUGUAUGUAUAUGCUCAGUGUAGAUAACUUCAGACUCGAUGUUUCUUUGUGCCUACGGGAGUCCCCAGCAGUGUGUUUCCCUAAUGGGAUUUGUGACACUCGUGCCUUAGCCUCCUGUCAUCCCUGGCAGACAGGAGAAACCACACAUUACUUUUAUGAUGACCUGUCACCCAGGAAUCCAGGCGUCAGUGCAGAAGUCUCCGAGCUGUGAGCGUACCUGAGCAGAACCGGAGUCCUAGGGCUCUUGUGCAUGUGACUAGGUUAAAGCCGCAGACACAGUCAGAGCAGUGAGGCCGGACAAGGGACAGAGGGACAGGGGGGACAGGGGGACACCGAGAGAGGAGCAGAAGACCUGUAAAGGAAGGACAGUGUGCCACAGAGCAAUGGUGCUUAGCACUCCACCCCCACGCAGCAGCCACUGAUAGCACAGACCGUGAGGAAUGCCCGUGACCAUAACCGUGACCCUGUGUCUUCAGGAAGUGGCUGGGGUUUUGUUUGUGUGUUUUCUCCAGGAGAAAGAAAAAGGAAGACGAACUUGGCAUUUUAUUCUGAUGCACAAGGGUGAAGUACGUUGCCAGUGGCCUGUGCCAGUCCCAGGAGGCCUGUGUCAUUUUGUUGUUAGGUUUUCUACCGGCUAGGGUAUGAACUGAGGGCAGAGUGGGAACACAGGCCUACAUGAGGCAGAGAAGACUCAGGCCAUCUGAAGGGGUCUCUCUUCCCUUCUGAGAAGGAACUGUGCGGACUGGUGGGUCUACAGGGCUGGGCAAGUCCUACCUUCUUCCCCCGUGGGCCUAGGGCUCACCACCAAGAACCAAGCAGGAGCAGGCAAAGUGGGUUCCAGGCACAUGUGGGAUGCAUCUGGUGUGACUCCAGGCUAUGCCCAAGGCUGGAAACAUAACCAGGGAAUGCUGGAAUGAUUCCUAAGAGGGUUAAAACUGGAUCAGGUUUGACCUAAACUGACACUUUUUUUUCUUAGAAUUUUUAGAAAAUUCUUAAUGCCCCCUUUUUAACAGAUGGAAUUUGUCUGUAAGGUGUGGAUACCCUCAGGCUUAGCCAUCAGAGGCACAACCAGUGUUAAAGAACCGGAGAGGCACUUUAAACACGACAAAUACUGAGGCCCUAAGAGGGACCCUACUCAAAGGUCACCACCCUUACACACACACACACACACACACACACACACACACACACACAGUCCCUCCCAAGCUGGCAUCAGGCUACACCAUGUACAGCUUCCAUCUUAGCACAAAACCUAGGAAAGGCUGGGCAUUGACUAGCAGGAAUACAACACCUUAGGGGUUGUUGCUUGAUCUGUAACCUCAGCCAAAAGGCCUCCCCUGGACCCAGCCACUUUGCUGGGAAAUCAACGAUUGGUGAACCCUGACCUCAGACCCAGGUUGCCGAAUCCUGAUGCUCACUAAGGCCAUUGGUCCACUUAGUCAGAACUGUGGCAAAGGACAUCAACGCUUCCUUUUCUACUUCCCCAUUUCACAGGUGAGAAACCUGAGGCCCAGAGAAGGGAAGUCACUUACCCAUAGCCACACAGUAAGAGCCUAUAAAGCCAUAAGUGGGUUGGUCACCAGUCUUCAAGUGAUAGCACAACCUCUUCAUAUUUUCCUUCCAAAAAAAAAAAAGAGGGCUAGGGCAC